AUGGCUUCUACGACCAAAGAAUGUGACUACCUGGUCAUAGGUAUUGGAAGUGGAGGUAUCGCCUCGGCUCGACGAGCUGCCAAACACGGUGCCAAAGUCAUUGCCGUCGAAUCGAAACGAUACGGUGGAACUUGCGUGAACGUAGGUUGCGUCCCGAAGAAGGUGACCUGGAACGCAGCGGCUAUUGCGGAGACGUUCAAGGACGCGAAGGCGUAUGGAUUCAGUGUGGGGGACCAACCAUCAUUUGACUGGCCAUACUUCAAGAAGAAACGCGAUGCCUAUGUUACGAGGCUCAACGGAAUAUACGAGAACAACCUCAACAAGGAUGAGAUCGACCACUUGAAGGGGCGCGCAAAGUUCGUCGCAAAAGAUGAGGUUGAGGUUGCCCUCGAGGGUGGAGGCACCCAGCGUGUCAAGGCGAAGCACAUUCUUAUCGCGACUGGCGGACGGCCAAUAGUACCUGAUAUUCCUGGAAAGGAGUUGAUCAUCGAUAGCGACGGAUUCUUCGACCUCGAAACCCAGCCCAAGAGCAUUGCCACAAGCGGCGCAGGAUAUAUCGGUGUGGAGAUGACAGGAAUGCUCCACGCGCUCGGCACGAAGACACACUUCUUCAUCCGCGGCGACAAGCUCCUGCGAACCUUCGACCCCAUGAUCCAAGAUACCGUUACAAAGGAGUACGAACGCCAGGGCAUCAACCUCUACAAGGGCACACAGAUCACAAAGGUUGAGGAGGCCGGCAACGGACUGAAGCGCGUCACUUACCGCAACACCGAAUCGAAGAAGGAGUCCACUAUCGAAGUCGAAGUCGUCCUCUUCGCUACUGGCCGCGAUCCUGAAAUCGAAGACCUCCACAUCAAGGACUUCGACAUCAAGCUCAACGACAAGAAACACAUCGUGACCGACGACUACCAGAACACCUCUCUCCCCAACAUCUACGCCAUUGGCGACGUGUGCGAUCGCGGAUUCGAGCUUACUCCCGUCGCCAUCGCAGCUGGACGACGUCUCUCCGACCGUCUCUUCGGCGGCAAGUCGGACGCGAAGCUCGAUUACACCAACAUCCCCUCGGUUGUCUUUGCACACCCGGAAAUCGGCUCAGUGGGCCUGACUGAGCCCGAGGCCCGCGAGAAGUAUGGUGACAAAGUGAAGGUCUAUAAGACAGAGUUCACUGGCAUGUACUUCGUCAUGAUGGAGCCCGAGGAGAAACAGCCCACCGCAUACAAGAUUGUCUGCGUUGGCGAGGAGGAGAAGGUCGUUGGACUGCACAUCUUGGGUCAGGGGAGUGCAGAGAUCUUGCAGGGCUUUGGCGUGGCAAUCAAAAUGGGAGCCACAAAGAAGGACUUUGACAACUGUGUGGCUAUCCAUCCCGUUUCGGCUGAAGAACUGGUCACCAUGACUUAG